ACCUUCCCCCCCCUCCACCCCUCCCCCCCAAACACCCACACGCGGAGCUCCGGACGGUCCACUAGGCUCCUGGGGGCCGCACCGCACCGCUCUUCCCCUUCGUUGCCCGUGGCUCCCCAUCACUGCCCCCCCACCCCAUCACCCUAGGCAGCAGGACAAGGGGCCGCGGUGCUCUGGGAGUGUCGUGUUGCUCUAUCUGCGUGACUGAAUGCCUCCGACGGAGAUAGAAUGCUUCCCAGACGAUCAGGUGUUGGGUUUCCCGCUCGACCUAUUUUCCUGCUCGGGCCAUGUCGGGGUAACGCGAGACCGGCCACUUCUGCUCUUAACGCCUCUUUUCUUUCCUCUUCGUUUCUUUGUGCCUCAUUCCACUUUGUUGUCGGGGAGCCGGUGUUUUUCUGGAAGAAUAAACGGAAUCGGGCCAUGCCGUCGCAGUGGCACGCCAAGGUGGCAUUAAGAAGCAUUGAUGCCCUUUGUCACGGUUGGGAGUUGUGGCUGUGUGGGUGUCUCGUCUUGUUUAUAUUCAGUGGUAAUUGUCCACGUGGCAUUCUCUGCGCCGCAGCCUCUCCGAGAGGCCAUGGGUGAGAGCGUCUCGCCCGGCGGCUCGGGGCCUGCGGACGACGAGGAGGCCGGCCACGGGGCUUUAACAACGCGGCCCGGAGCGGCGCGCUCCGGAGACGCCGGCCCCGACGCGGACGCGGAGGAACCCGCCCGGGAACGGGAUGGCGCCGCGGCCCCGCAACCGCCGUGCCGCUCCUGCCGCCGUCGUGUCGGCCGCGGCACGACGGGCUCGGCGAUCGCCGCCGUGCGCUGCCGCACGUGCGGCGUGGCCUGCUGCGCCGAGUGCAAGGCCCGGCUCGGCUCGGCUCCGGCCUCCGCCGUGCCCAACGGACACCCGCCGGGCGCGGCUUCCAAGGGCGUGGCGACGACGACGCCGACGGCUCCGCCGCCGCGCGACUGCGAGGCGUGCGGCAGGCGGGGGGAGCCGGCCAACGGGGCCGCCGGCGCGGGGCUCUUUGCCGCGGGCUGCGCGCACGGCCACCACCCGCUGUACCGGCAGCAGCAGCACUUGUACUUGCAGCAGCAGCAUCACCUGCAUCGACAGCAGCAGCAGCAGCGCGCGCAGUGCGCGUGCGUGCGCGCGGGCGCCGGUCGCCCCCCCUGCUGCUGCUGCUGCUGCUGCCGCCUCCGCUGCUGCGUCUGCGCGCGUCACGUCCCGGGCGCGGGGCUGUGCCUCCAGCAGCCGGGGCGAUGUCAUCACCUCGUAGAGCUCAGGUCCAAGAAGCCGUUUGAAUUCCCAAAGAGCUACUCGGAGCUCAUCGCCGACUGGCCGAUCGUGGUGCUGGCCAUGUGCACGCUGCUCAUCGUGGUCUGCGCCCUCGUCGGAGUUCUGGUCCCUGAGCUGCCCGACUUCUCUGACCCGCUGCUGGGUUUUGAGCCGCGCGGCACGGAGAUCAGCCAGCGCCUGGUGACGUGGAACAACAUGCUGAAGAACACGGGCUACAUGGCGACACUCGCCAACUACCCCUUCAAGUACGCCGAGCAGGUGGCCAGGAGCCAGGGUCAGCUGGACAAACCCUGGAAUGACGAUUACGGACGCGACCGGAGGGCGGCCGAGUGGGACUUCCACACCGACGCCUUCUUCUGCGACCCGCCCGGGGACGGCUACUCGCGCGUCGUGUUCGCCGCAGCGGACGGGGGAAGCCUGUGGAACAUCACCACCAUCCGCUCCAUGUGCAGCCUCUACGACGCGCGGGUGAGCUCCCACCGCACAUUCCCGGAGCUGUGCCAGCGCACCACCACCGCCGUGUGCUGCCCGAGCUGGUCCCUCGGCAACUACGUGGCGCUGCUGGGCAACCGCUCGUCGUGCCGAGAAGUGACGGAGCGCGACCUGGCGCACGCCCUGCGCCUGCUGCAGGCCUGCGCGCCGCUCUACCGCAACGGCAGCCUGGGCCCCGACUGCUGGGACGCCGGCGCCGGGCGCCGCGACCGCGCAAAGUGCCAGGCCGUGCCGCGCCGCUGCGCGCGCCACAACGCCGUCUACCAGAUCCUGCACUACCUGGUGGACAAGGACUUCCUGGCGACGGGCGGCGGGGAGGGCGCGGCGCGCCUGCGCUACAGCGUGCUGUUCGUGCCCACGGAGAAGGGCGACGGCAUGAUGCGUCUGUACCGCGACAACCUCGAGCGCUGGAACCGCACCGACGGGGUCACCAGCGUGGUGGGCAUCGAGUUUGGCAUCAAGCACUCGCUCUUCCAGGACUACCUGCUCACGGACACGGUGUACCCGGCGGUGGCCAUGGUCAUCGUCCUGCUGCUCAUGUGCGUGUACACGGGCUCCGCGUUCGUCACGCUCAUGACCAUGUUCGCUAUCGUGAGCUCGCUCAUCGUGGCGUACUUCGUGUACCGCGUCGUGCUGCGCUUCGAGUUCUUCCCCUUCAUGAACCUCACGGCGCUCGUGGUGUUGGUGGGCGUCGGCGCCGACGACGCCUUCGUGCUGUGCGACGUGUGGCGCCACGCCAAGGCCGACCGCCGCGCCGCCAAGGGCCCCGGCGCCGACGACGCGGGGCUCACGGAGACGGUGCGCGCCACCCUGCGCCACGCGGCGCUCUCCAUGUUCGUGACGAGCUUCACCACGGCGGCCGCGUUCUACGCCAACUACGUGAGCAGCAUCACGGCCGUGCGCUGCUUUGGCGUCUACGCCGGCACCGCCGUCCUCGCAAACUACGGCCUCAUGGUGAGCUGGCUCCCGGCCGUCGUGGUGCUGCACGAGCGCUACCUGGCCGACGUGUUCCGCCCGCGUGGGGGCCGCCCCGGCGGCGCGGGGGAGGGGCGGUCUCUGCCGCGCCGCCUCUGGGCGGCGGUGGAGCGCUCGCGGCGCGCGGCCUCGGCAGCGUCGCGCGCCUUCUUCGAGCGGCUCCUGCCGCGCAUCGUCGUGCGCCUGCGGCACGCGUGGCUCUGCGGCUUCGUGGCGUUGGCGGCCGGCGGCGCCUACGCGGUGUUCGCGUGGCCCGGCAUGCGGCUGCCGUCGCUGGAGCUGGCCGAGUUCCGCGUAUUUGCGCCGUCGCACCCGUUCGAGCGCUACGACGCCGAGCACCGCGCGCUCUUCGCGUUCGAGCGUGCCGGCCGGCCCGGCUCGGGCGGCGGGGACGACCUGGCGCUGCCCGUGACGCUCAUCUGGGGCGUCGUGCCUGAGGACAACGGGGACCCCCUCAACCCGGCCGACCGCGGGAAGCUGGUGCUGGACCCCGGCUUCGACGUGGCGAGCGCAGAGUCGCAGCUCUGGCUCCUCGACUUCUGCCGACGCCUGCGCAACCACAGCCUCUACCUGCACCGCGAGCGCGAGGCCGACUUCUCCGGAUGCUUCAUCGAGACCUUCAAGCAGUGGAUGGAGUCGGAGGACUGCGACGACGCCGUCGACGACCAGCACCGUCACCGCCAGCAGCAGCGGCGGCGAGACGGCGGCGGCGGCGGCGGAGCCGCGACCUCGCGGGGCGGCGGGGACGCGGGGGGGCGUGGCGGGCCCCUCGGCCUGAGCCUGGGCGGCGUGGGCCUCGCCCCGUGCUGCUCGUCGUCCGCGUUCCCCUACGAGCGCGACGUCUUCGAGUUCUGCAUCAAGCGCGCCGUCCUGGAGCUGGAGCGGCGCUUCCGCGUCACCCUGGACGGGCGCACGCCGGGACCGCGCUUCGACGCCAACGACUCCCUGCGUGCCGUGCUGGUGGAGUUUCAGAGUUCGUACCGCUUCACGCUGGCGCACGAGCGCAUGGCGCGCUUCCGCCGCGAGGUGGACGCGUGGCUGCGCGCCGAGCUGCUGACGGCGCCGCCGGGCCUGCGCCGCGGCUGGUUCGUGAGCUCGCUCGAGUUCUACGACCUGCAGGCCAGCCUGUGGGCCGGCUCCCUGCUGUCGCUGGGCCUCGCCGUGGGCCUGGCGUUCGGCGUCAUGCUGUUGACGACGCGCAGCCUCGCCGUGAGCGUUUACGCCCUGCUCGCCAUCGCCGGCUCCAUCGCCGUCACCACCGGCUCGCUGGCGCUGCUCGGCUGGGAGCUCAACGUCUUGGAGAGCGUCACCGUGUCGGUGGCCGUGGGCCUGGCCGUCGACUUCGCGGUGCACUACGGCGUGGCGUACCGCCUGGCCCCGGGGCCCGGGCGGCGGGCCCGCGUCAGCUUCUCGCUCGGCCGCAUGGGCCCCGCCGUGGCCAUGGCGGCGCUCACCACCUUCCUGGCCGGCGCCAUGAUGAUGCCGUCAACGGUGCUUGCGUACACGCAGCUCGGUACCUUCCUCAUGCUCGUCAUGGCCGUCAGCUGGGCCUACGCCACCUUCUUCUUCCAGAGCCUCUGCUGCUGCCUCGGGCCCCGCGGGGAGAAUCCCACGGCGCCCGACUCGUGCUGCGGCGUGGCGCGGCCGUGCGCGGGCACCCCGGGCCAGAAGAAGACGACCACGGAGGAGGAGGAGGAGUCCAAGACGACGCUCGGCAAGCGGGUUCACUACGGCAAUGGUGGGCCACGCACGGGCGCCGAGGAGUACCGGUUGCAGGCGCUGACGAGCGAGCACGGCGCCGACGAGAACGCGUGCGACGCCUCCGCUCCCGAGCGUCUCGACCGCGACCUCGACGCGGCGUCCGUCACGGACGAGGACGGCGUCGAAGAGGACCCCGCCGCUGCCUCCUCCGUAGCCUCCUCCUCGUCACCAAUGAUACCCGAGGAGGAGAACGGGGUGGAGGCCGCCGGUCCCCACGACGCCGAGGGCUCUCCCCUCCGCGUCGGGCCACAACGGCGGCUCCCACGGAGCGGCCGGCUCAACGGCGGGGUGGAUUUCAUCGCGCGCGCGGUGCCGGCGGAGAGCCUGCUGGAGGCCCUGGAGGGCGUGGGCUCCGUGGCCGAGAGGGGGAGCCUCAACGGAAUGCGGCCGGCGCUGCGUCUGGCGCUGAGGGGCGGCGCGGGAACGCGGGACGGCGCCGGCGCCGGCGCGUGCCAGGCGACGCGGUCCCUGGACCCCAUCGUGCUGCCCAACAGCGAGCCCGGCGUGCCGGACGUGUGGCUCAAGCGCGCGGAUGCCUCGCCCGACAGCUGCUCCGUGUGACCUCGCACCGCCGCCACACCGGCAAAAACACAUCUCCACAAAUUGUAGGUUUUUUUUGUACGAUUCAAAUUCGUAAAAGCUUACGUGAAGCCCAGCUCGUACAAGGAACUGGCAAAACUCUUUAAUUUUUGUGGGACCUUUUGGUUACAUUCCUACAGACGUUCAUUUUUAUAUAUAAAUAUAUAUUACAGUACUUUAAUGUUGGUUUAUUUUUUAAAACAAAUAUUUAUUUCUGCACAAUUGUUCAGCCUCUUCCCUGCGUUUAAUUUAUUUUCCUGACCAAUACGCAAUGAAGUAAGAUUUAACGAGUAAAUGAAUAAAUAAAAGUUGAGAACAUGAAGAAGAUUAGGAAAUGCUGCUUUCCAUAACCCACUUAGCAAUCUGUUACGUUUAUACAACGCAAAUUAUUUAAAACGAGACGCGUUUCUUCCAGAUUAAUGUUGUGCGCUCACCCCAUCUGUCACGUUCUACGGAAUGACAUUCCAGUCGAAUUAUUGCCCAGUCUGUUUUGCCUGCAUAACAACCAAGGUGCUUACGGGUCGGCCUCUAACUUCGCGAGCCCCCACCCAUUAACUGCAGUACACCUGGACAUAUUUGUAAUCCAGGUUUGAAGGACCAAUCCAAAUCCCACACUUUGUACUCACGGAAUAAAAAAAGAAAUACAAGACGAAACGAAGAUACCUGUAACACACUCUGCCGACGCUGUUGUGUCGUGCGCGCCGUGAGAUGCUGCCCUCUUCAGGUUAUUUAUUAAUGGCGGGACUGUGUUGGCUGCGAGCGUGGGCGACGAUUGGGGAAGAGCGGCGGUGUUGUCCUCUCCUCGAUGCCUGCAUUCAAAUCGUGCCGUUGUUGUGGCAGGUGACCUCAUUCUCUGCUGCAGACUGAUGUGUGUUGUUGUUAGUUGUGUCGUGCGAUUCUCUGUUUGGAAUGACAGUUGGUGCCUGUGCAGGAGGAUGGCAACAUCUUUGUUUAGCUGCUCACCAAUUACGGGCUUCGAUUUAUAAACACUUUAUAAAAAUGCAACUUUUAAAAUAUCGAUUUUUUUUUUACAUUGAGUGCUGCUCCCGGUUCCGUUUGUGGCUUUGAAUCUUGGAAUCUUGGUUCCCUGCCGCAAACGUCUGAUUUGUACGCACGCGUUUCCAAGCCCUUCACAACAAUGGUUUCAGCUCCAGGACUUCCAGACCAAAUGUAGUCCGUCCAUCAAUGUCGGCUUCAAUUCGCCCAUGUUGACAAGUAAAUGACACUGCUGAUCAGCAGACCGGGAUGAACUAAGGCACUCGUAAGCAUGAAAUACAAUUGUCAAUAAAUCACCUGCACCAAGUCUCCAGAAGAGGUCCUCAAUCUCGACGUGCUGUAUCGCCAUCGAUAAACAGCGUUGCGUUGGAAUGGCCCCAAGAACGACGGCUGUAGUGGCAACGAGACAAGAAACGUAGUUUCGGAGGCAGAACGCCACGUAGUCUCGCUGUGUCGGCAGCCGUGGGGUUCCUCUGAAUAUCGGCCAAUGAUUGCAAGGCGUACAGCUUGUGGAGACGGUGAUGUCCCCUUUGUUCGUGUCGGUAUCAUCCGUCCAAGGUGUAGCGAUUUGUGGAAUAUACAGAAUGUUGUUUCCCAGUGGUGUUGAUUUAACGAGACAACUCAUGCGUGUGCCGCAGAGAGGCAAGAGGCGUCCAGUUGGACCCAAGCAUUUCUUGGCGGUGCACGAGGCCAAAUUAUUACUUCCACUGCCACUGAAGCAAAGUAUAGUGACAAUAAAAAUGCCGGCAAAUAAUCGGUGUCCUUUAUUCACUGCGAUAUUCGUGUUGCCCGGUCAGACUUUCCUUCUCAAAUUCAGGCGGCAUUGGUGACCUGGCUCGAGCCCCCGCCUGGCACGAGACGUGGGCGGUGGUGAAAGCGCCCAGCGGACAGCGCCGUCUCUCAAAGCACGUGUCCUUGCAUGCAGGCGAUUGGUGCCACUCGAUCGAUGAUUUUCUGAGCAGCCUCAAGGGCACGCCGUGACCAGGGCACUCGGUUUGAGACCCCCCCCCCCUCCCCCGGGGCUGUGCGUGCACCCACUUCAUUCCGCGAUGCCGAGUGUAGCUGGUUUAUCUGUCUGUAGUACACAUCCGUGCAAUAGUGUGAAUAAAGAACAUAUAAAUAUAUUGAAUGAUUAAAUUAAGCCAGUAUUAUAUGUGAACGUUUGUGAAAAUUCUGAUUGUGAACUAGUUUUUUUUCUUGUAAAAGUGCUACAUGUCUAAAUGUGUUUUUUAUUUAUAUACAUGAAAAGCUGACAAAUACAUGCAGUUCUGA